AUGUCGGGUCAGUCAAUGUGGAAUAGGAAGAACUCUUUCGCCAUCUCGUCUCACGCAGCAAAGAAAAAUAUCCCUCAACAAGAAGAUAAUACUCCAAGUCGAAAGGUAAGUAUUUCACUGUGAUUUUCAUCUGACAUCCGGCUGAAGUUGCGAUAUUUUACAACUGUGGCUCACGCAAUUUAUCGGAGCGAAGAGAAACCAGGGGUCUAAAUGGAUACUCCACUUGGCAUUUCUGCUCGUUCGUCUUCUUCGAAGGCAGAAUAAAUUGUAAUUCAGCAGAAUCGACAAGGAACUUCUUAACCUAGCUACACCGGUAAUCUAGCUUUCAUUCACACGUGUUAAAACUACCCGGUUAUUAUUCUUUGGAAAAAAAUUCGAAUCCGCGAAAUGACCCAAAGGCGUUUUAUAUACCUGUUUAAGUCCAAUGCCGUGACGAUGGGUGACAUAUAAAGUGCUAUUUGAAGAUAAUUUUAAAGUUGAUCUACUAAGGGGAAGAGUAACAGUUUCGAGAACUCGAACUAAAGUUAAACAGGAAAUGUAAAAAUGUAUGGGAAAUAUAUUUUAUCGCGGCGAGAAAUGAACAUGGCAUAUGAAGAUAACAUGGUGUUAUUCUCUCGCCUUGAAACAUCUCUGAAGCCUAUUCCAUCACCACACUCACUCAAGGGUUUGAAGUUUAUGUAGCCUAACUGUGUAUUUUAUGUGCAUUAUUUUAUUUCAGUAUAUUCGGCCGCAGUAUUCGCAUCGCUCACUAUCGAGAAGUAGUUCAAUCGACAGUACAACAGGUUUGUGUUGUCAACAAUUUAUUUUAAAAAGUUGCAGUGCGAUUAUGAAAACAUGGCUAAGUGAGUUUUACUCCAACAUGAGCCUUAAGAUAGUUGUCGUGGUUGUAUAAUCCUUUUAUACUGUUGGUCGCCUAAACAGUUAACCCGGCAAUUUUUCAGACAUAUUGGGAAUCGACCCGCAACUCAUAACAAGCUUAGCCGCAGUUUACUUCUGAAUUCAAUUAACCUGACAUGUCAACAUAAUUUUUCAAAUAUCACCAAAAAUUUAACACCUAAAACUCUGUAAUAUUUUCCCUGAAUUUAUAUUCAUUGUGCUCAUCUGGCUUUAUCAAAGAAAUUAUUUGACGAAUAUCGUAGGCACUUUAUGCAAAUGUCCUGUUUCUUUAUAUUGCGUGACCUUUUCAAGAAGCAGUUCGAAGCAGUUGUGUCAUGAUGGCAAAAUGGCGUGGAACGGAAAAUAGUCAUUAGUAGGAGUCUGAAUUAAUCUAUUUAAUUUUCUAAACAAACAGAUUAUUCUGAGUUCUGGCCUAAAGCAAUCUUACUCUUUGAAAUUUUAUAUCGUCCUCUAACUUUCUCAAAUGCUGAAAUGCCAACAAUAUUUACAGUUGUAAGUUGUAUUUUCCGAUCCUUCUUUAAAGUGAUCAAACUUGUAUAUUAGGUUACUAUUUUAUUUUAUUAUUAGUAUAUAUAUAUAUAUAUUUCUAAAAAAAUGUUUAAUAUUGUUUCAGCUUCUAGUUAAUUGCGAUGUCGGCGCGUUCGUAACAUUUCAACAACUUUCACGAACGAAAACGCGUCUACGGAAUUCUGGGUUUUGGAACCAGUUUUAUUUAUGAUCUUAAUCUUGAACACAAAAUGACUUGUUUCCAUUGAACUACCUUCUCGCCUCUUGAUUUAUAUAUUUACUAGUUUUAAAUUUUAUUUUAACCCAUGUAUCUCUACAAAUAAACUGCAUUCCUAAUACAAGCGAUCAGAAAUUGAUCUGUUGCGUGACUUGAACAAUUUGGGCAUUUACCUUGGUGCCCGAAUCAAAACAAUAAUUUUCGUUGCAUGGGGGGUCGUAGUGUGUGGCUUUUGAAACUAGCACAGACCAUUCCCCAUAGCACCCCUUUUUUUUUCUGUUAAGAAAUUUUGAUUAUUUUCGUUUUAUGUUAUUGUUCCGUUACAAACCACCGGCAGAAGUAUUUGUUGUCGCUGUGGCACACAGGCCAGGUGUUUUUGAUAAGAUAUUCUUGUUCACAACCAAGAACGAAACCUCAGGCGAACUUUUAUUAUAUUCCAAGCGAUACAGAUCGCAUAUCUAACCGUAACAUGUCACCGCAAAGAUGAGAUAGAUCGACAGCGAAUGCUAAAUGCGAACAGAAACUUAACUGGGUUGUCACGCUUCCGUGCAAGUGGCACAAGGCAGAUUACACAACGUUGUUCUUUCUAA